AUGGCGGGCAGUCCGAAGGAAGCCAUGGUGUUGGUGGUUGAUGUGGGCCUCAUGGCACAGGCCCCCCCAGGACAAGUCACCCCUCUGGAAAACGCCAAGGAUGCCAUCUCUAUGCUACUGCAGAGGAAGAUGUUCUCCAAUUCGAAGGACGAGGUCGCGCUGGUGCUGCUGGGUACCGCGGAGACGGCCAAUGAGCUUGCAGGAAGCGAUGACGAGAGUUACGCGAACAUCACGGUGGCGCGGCCGCUCGGGCAGCCAGACUUCGACCUGCUGGAGUACGUCAAGAACGACGUGGUUCCCGGCCCUGUGUCAGCUGACUUUGUUGAUGCCAUCGUGGUGGCAUUGGACCUGGUGAGGAACCAAACCAUGGGGAAGAAGUUUGAGACCAAGCGAAUCGUGCUGUUCUCUAAUCUCGCCGGGGAGUUCACAGACGAUCAGCUGGAGGGAGUUAUCAACGGCAUGAAGGCUCUGGAGUGUGAAUUCAACCUCAUUGGCCUGUCCCUUGAUGAUGAUGAUGAUGAAGAUGGCGGAGUGCCUGCCCAGAACGGGGCCGGACCGCCCAGGAAGGAGAGAACUCCGCAGCAGCGGGCCGGCGCCGCGCUCAUCCGCCAUGUUAUCCAGGAGGUCGACGGGGUCGCGUAUUCUGACAGUGAGGCCCUGCAGAUGCUGAGUUUCUUCCAGAAACGGAACGUCCGCGCCGCGCCGUGGAAGGUCGUUCUGGAGGUCGGAACCAAUCUCAAGAUUCCCGUCCGAGGCUUCAUCAGGGUGAAGGAGUGCAAGCCUAACUCCUUUAAGAAAGUUCACGCCCGGACGCUGAGUAAAGACGACAUCCACACGACUCAUGAACACAGGCUGAACGAUGACGAGGAAACUCCAGUGGAGUCCACCAUCGACGGCUACAGAUAUGGGAACACCAUUGUGCCCUUCAGCACUGAUGAUGAGAACCAGAUGAAGUUCAAGACCGACGCCAAAUGUUUCGACGUCCUCGGAUUCACCAAGGCUGAAAAUGUGAAGAGACAAUACUACAUGGGGGACUCUGUGCGCUGUUUCGUAGCUGAGGAGGGGGAUGAGCCAGCAGCUGUUGCCUUGUCAGCGUUCAUCCAUGCGCUGUACGAAACCAACAUGGUCGCCAUUGUCAGGUAUGUUUACAACAAGAACAGUGCUCCGAAGGUGGCCUUCCUGUCUCCACACAUCAAGCCCAACUAUGAGUGUUUGCUGUGCAUCAUGUUGCCAUUUAUGGAGGACAUGCGCAAAUAUACCUUCUCCUCCCUCCACCCCAACAACAAGAAUCAGCCCUCAGAUGACCAGCUCUCAGCUGUGGAUGAGCUCAUUGACAACAUGAACUUGGUCAUGCCUGAAAAGGACGAGGAUGGUAAACAGCAGCAGUACCUGAAGCCGAAGUUGACCUUUAACCCCCAUCUGCAGCGCUUGUAUCAGUGUCUGUCGGCCCGAGCGCUGACCCCAGAUGACCCCGAACUGCCGCCGCCCAACCAGACUAUUCUAGAUUACCUGAAGCCCCAGCCUGCCCUACUUGUCCAGUCGCAGCCCUGUGUGGACAGGAUCAGAGCUGCCUUUCCUCUCGAAGUCGUCACAAAGAAGAAGGAGGAAACCACCGCUCAGAACAUCUUCGGGGCAGGGUCUGAUGCUGAACCAGCAGCAAAGAAGCCCCGGCUUGACGUGGACGCCAGCGGGGACGGAGGUCUGACAAUGGCGGGGCUGGCGCACGGGCCGGUCACCGAGGUCGGGUCGGUGCGACCUCUGCAGGACUUCAAGGCCAUGAUCGGCAGGAAGGAUGAGGACAAGUUCACGGAAGCUUCUACACAGCUCCAAAAGCGGAUAGAAGAAAUCGUGAUGGAGUCAUUCGGUGACCAGUUCUACGGAAAAGCUAUGGAGUGUCUACAAGCACUAAGGCAGGAAUCAGCUAAGCUGGGAGAGCCGGAGCAGUUUAACAACUUCUUAAGAAGCUUUAAAGACACGCUGUUCAACAAGGGAAGAAAAGACUUCUGGGAUAGCAUGGUCAAAGAGAAGUUGACGCUGAUUUCUUCAGAAGAAUCGUCAGAAACUUCCGUGUCAAAAGAGGAGGCAGGAAAGUUCCUUGAGACUUCUGAGAAGCUCUCUGAGGAACCAGAAGAGAUGGAAGAAGCAGAGGCUGAGGAUCUGUUGGCCAUGAUGUGAGAUUUUGCCAGUUCGUAUCCUCAACACAAACAGCCUGGCUGACAAAACUGGAACAUUCCUUGAUAGUUUACAGAGAAAUAUUCUCAAACCACUGUCACUGUGGUAAGGCCCUUUUUCCACCAGGGUGAUAGUUGAGAGACCAAAAUAUUGGAUUAGAUUUUGUCUAACCAUUCAUGUCUUGAUUGUCAUGCACAUUUGCAAAGUAACGUUAUAAUUUAAAAGACAACAAAACAGUCCAGAAAUAAAUGUAAAAAAAAUUCUUUCACAGUUUUUAUGUAUCUGUAUUCUGUAUAGCCGGUAUAACCACCCUUCGGCGUAACACACCAGCUUCUGUAUCUGCAUAGCCGGUAUAACCGCCCUUCGGCAUAACACACCAGAUAGUGGUAUGUUUCCAAAACCAUGCAUCUCAAUCUGUGACAACAGCGACAGAACUUAAAGUAUUUUGGACAAGAGACUGACAGUGCAUAAUAUUAUGAUAUAUGCUGAUUUACAGAGUCUAACAUCUGUUUUUGUACCAAGGCCGGACUUUCAAGCCACAUAAGAAGUCACCAGAGGUGCGAACAAUAGACUGAACUGCCAAAGAGAUGUUUUUGUGCUUUAUUUGUGUAGCUUAUUUUGCAAGCUGCUUUCACAUUGACCAUACAAGUAAUUGUGUCGUCACACCAGCAGUUUUUUUUUUUCAAAAAGGGAAAGAGGUACUUCUAAACAAUAAACUUAUAAAUAACAGGUUGAUGUUGUCACUGUGAACUUAAAAUUGUGUAAAACAUAGCUACUGUAACAAACCCAAUGUACACAAUGUAAGCAUAGAUCUCCCCAUAGAACUGCAAUA